AGUUAGCAAGAUUCGUACGUGUAACGAUGCAAUGCACAGCUAUAUUGCAGGACCUUUCUCGAAACCAAAACGUUCUUUGAAUGAUAAAUAAGUUUGGUACUAUUGAGAUUCUUUCAAAGGUAUUCAUAUAAAAAAUCUAAAACCAAGUAGUUAAAGUAUGUGGGAAGCUAUGGUCGCGGAAAUUCUGUUCAUUUUACAAGGAAACAACCCUAUCUUUGUCAAGGAAAUACUUUAUUUUUCAAGUUGCAUUCCAGGGCAAGAAACAGAAAAAAUUCUAGUCAGUGUUUUUGGCGAUCAGAUUUUUAAACACUGAGAUAUGUUCUACGUAAUUUGUUAAGCUCAUAUUGUGGGCAAUGGUAACUAAGGAGAGUGGAAACCAUGAAUAGCUUUAAAACUUACAUAACUGAUGCAAGGGGCCGCUGCCACGUGACGGAGAAAAACCAAUGCUCGACGCGGUUUCCACAAGGGGCUUGAUUGGAAAUUUCUAAUUAACUCGGUACAAAAAAAUUAAUAAAGCUAAGAAAACAAACGGCAUCUGCACGCAAAGUAUAUACGCAAUUACAAUAUUUGAUAAUACUGUAAGGAAAUGUUAACAGGCAGAAAAUUUUAGAAAUCUGUGUAAUUGCCCAACUGAAACCAAUACUUAUGAAGAACAAAGCCUAUCAAGCAAUUAACUUCGUUCCAACUAUUUCCAAAAGUUGAACAAAUUCUUUUUCUUUUACUAGAAAAGCCUUGGUGUUAAGUUGUAGAUGUUGGUCAAUACUAGCUGUUAUGAACAGUGGUGAUUAGUUUAUAAUGCUCGAGGACCUAURAAGAUAUCAUAUCACGAGCUCCGGAGUGGGGAGGGGGGAUUUGAUCGAAGUAGCUCCCGACAUUUUGUAUCACUUUAGUGAAAACUAAAACUAGAGAAAAAAAUAAAAGCAAAUACCCUGAGAAAAACUAAUAACAGUGAUGUUGAUAAAAUCCUGUUCGAUAGAAGACCAGAAGUUACUCUACUUUUAAUAGAUGACGUUGGUUAUCUAUUAAAAGCAGAUCUGGAAAAACAAAAAUCUUAACGAACUUUAAAAAAUGCACGCAGAAUGACRUAGUUUUCCAAAACUAAGCUCUAAGUCAAGAUUUCAUUGACGUUGUGAAGAAAAAACUAGAAAAUUGAUUUCUUAUUACUUCGUGGCGUUGCUUCUUCAUCUAAACAAUACAAAUUUCACGAGUUCGAUGAUAGGAAGACRACGACAAAGAUUAAUCAGUGAAUAAGACACCUUCUUUUGAGGUUGUUGGGCGUCUCCCAUUAAAAAAAUGGUCACUGCUUAAUUAAUGUAGAUAAUUAAUUGGCCAAUUAUUGGUCUCCCAUGAUCUUAAAGURGUUCUCGAUUAGCGCCUCUGCAACGGUUUUUAAUUAAUCUAAAGCCUAUUUAAGUCGAAUGGCAAUUGUAUCUAAGGUAUUUAGACCAAGYAUUUGGAGCUACAACAUAGGUAGAGUUGUUGAAGUAAGAUGRCCUUCCUUGCAACUAAAAAUUUCGUCGCCUCGCUACAGAAAAGACGCAAUUCAUCGCCGUUACCAAUGCCGAACAGAAUCCAUAUGUCCUCUGUUUUUACAGAACGUUAUCAGGUGAUCGAGGUUCGGCGGUCCAAAGAGCUACCUUGUGGAAAAAACGAUGGCAUUCUUCGUAGCCCUCAUUCGUUAUCUAACAGUUUUAGCGCUGAGGUAACUUCAUUCGAUACAAUGUGCAGCCUUCAACAAAGGAAGCGAAGGCCAACCAGGCUACCGCCAAUUCAGUCCACGACAGCAGAGAAAAAGGAAGACAAAAGAGAAGUUAGGCGAAAAAAAGCCUCUUUUCUCAAAAAGAGUUCUAAAGUGCACGCUCAAAACACUGAAAAAGGAAUCGAAGUUCAGGCGACCUCCAAGGUACAAUCCCAUAAAAGCUUACGAAGAAAGCGUCAAGUCAAGGCAGAUGGUUACAAAUUGCUGGAGGAAGAUGAGAAGAUCUAUGAAGAUAAAAAAGGGAAAGCCGGGAAAUCGUUUGAGCUGGAAUGGGAGCCAAACGAAGAUAGUGAACAGGAUGACGAGCAAAAGGAAGUUGACCUUUCAGAUUUCCAGGGCAAGAACAACUCAGAUCUUAUCAGAAAAAAGAGUCCAAGCUCAGGAGAGGACAAUAUCCAGAUAUCAUACCGAGUCAAAGCCAAAUCCGAUGAGUCGCCAUCUGGGGAAAUCACAAGCUCUCGAGCAAGCAGUGUGCAAAAGACUGAGAAGCCAUCUGAAUUUAAACAAAUGAAGUUACCUAUAAUUGCGAGUGUCAAAGAACACCAAAUAAGAAGAGAGUGCGAAUCGAAUGGUAGAACGGGACAUGGCUCAACGGAUUUGACCACAAAUGAAUUUCGCCGUCCAUUACGAAGACCGCGUACCAGCGAUCCACUGUUGAACAACUUACAGCUUCAACGAAAUAACCCUGUUCUGCCUGUCAUCAAGCCAAAAUCAAGCGUCCAGUUUCCUAGUUUGCUGCAGUAUGAGAUCAGAGACGGACCACCAGAAUAUCUUACUCCUCGCAUCAGUCGUCCUGAAUGGGAUGCGAACAAAUCUCCUAGUCAAAAUGGAUAUAACUCUGUGGCCGCGGCAGAGAGGGACAGUGACUUGGAAAGGGAGAGACAGCGUAUCAGAAAACUGUGCCGAGCUCAAAACGAGCUUACAAGAGUAAGUAUCGAAGAAGACAACUAUCCAGCCUGCCAUGGAGCGAAUCAGUGUUUUCGAGCAUCGUUUCUUGAUGUGCCAGAUCAGAACGAGGCAAAAAGAACGAGACUUCCAGAAAUUAAGCCAAGAAAGCAGUCAAUACAUUGCUUUAGAAGAAUUACCUCAUCAACCCGGGUCAGACCAGUAUCGUCCUAUACAGCAGUACCCCAACGAAGCACAUCAGCCCAACUUGCAUACCUUACAUGUGGACAAUCAUCCGUAUCCCAGAUACGUUCCUGCAGCACAGAACCCGCUCUGGCCUCAGAAAAAGACACAGUUCGCAACCAUCGUGAAAGCACCCAGAAGCUCGACGUCUACGAGUUCUUGAGAGAAGGCACUGAUGAGACAAAUGGUUCAAUGGAACGACCUUUCAAUUCCAAUACAAAGUCCAAAGAUAGAAAAAAAGAAAUGAGCCAUAUUUUUCGGUUCCUCAAAAGACUGUAGAUAUAACUUAUAAUAACACUUCGUCGUCUUGAGCAAAGCUUGGAAAGCAUGGACAAAAAUCAUUCUCGUACCCAAAGCCUGGGUACGAGAAUGGGUCAAAAUCAAAGAUGCAUGAAAAGGAAAGCUUUGCGUGAGACAGGCAAAGAGAGGAGACUUCAGUUACGAGUUCAGUAUCUGCAUGUUGCUCAGGGCUAGCUUCAAUUUUGUGUAGAAUAUUUACGUGUUUCAGUGAAGGUACUUUGAAUUUAAUUUCAAAGUGAUGGUAUUCAUGAAGUUGUACGUAUACAUUUUAAAUUUUACAGUCGGUACUUGUGAAUAUUUUGACGCUAAAAUAGGGUUCAACCCUGGGUUUUGUCUCAAAAAACAAUAAGGGACAAUAUAGUACAGACAACAAUUCUCCGACUUUCACAAAUAAUCUUUUUCCAAAGUUUUCCAAAAUGCAAGUGUAAAGAUACGAUGAGACACCCUUUGGUGGGAGUAUUAGCCCUUUUGCGAUAUUAAUUUCAACGCCUAUUUUCAGUGCGAUUAAAUUGGUAAUUCGACCACGAAAUGUAACAACAAAAGCACCGGUAAAUGUCAAAAUCGAAUGAAAUGAUCAUGCUUGUUACGUAAAGCCAGUCUCGGCUGACUCGACUACUCAUUCGAGUUCUCCAAUACUUAUUUUGAUAGGUAUGCCCAAUUAUUUAUGUUGGCCAGUUAUACUCACUGUAUUUAACUGUAAUAAUGUAAAUAACUUAAACGGCUCGGUGGCACAGUGGUAAGUGCUUCCGACUUUAGUAACUCCCAAUUCAUCAGCAGUUUAAAAUUGAACCCUGACUAAGGGGUAAAAUUCUUAAGGUGGAAAAACCUAUGCUAGAAAUAGUUUUUCCCCUGUAAAUAUGGGAAUCUGAACUUAAAAAUGCUGGUGCCUGCUUGAUAAAGUGUUUCUAAUUAAUGAUCUGUGAUGGAUCUUGAUGGAUUCUUACAAAAUUAAAGGUAGGCCUUAUCAGUGAUUCUGUAAUAUGCAAUGACCGUGGAUCAAGCAUGACCGUGGAUCAACCAUGACCCUGGAUCAACCAUGACCCUGGAUCAACCAUGACCCUGGAUCAACCAUGAACCUGGAUCAUCCAUGACCCUGGAUCAUCCAUGACCCUGGAUCAUCCAUGACCCUGGAUCAACAAUGACCCAUGAUCAUUCAUGACCCUGGAUCAACCAUGACGCUGGAUCAUUCAUGACCCUGGAUCAUCCAUGACCCUGRAUCAAUCAUGACCGUGGAUCAAGCAUGACCGUGGAUCAUCCAUGACCCUGGAUCAACCAUGACCCAUGAUCAACCAUGACCCUGGAUCAACCAUGAUCCUGGAUCAAUCAUGACCCUGGAUUAUCCAUGACCCUGGAUUAACAAUGAUCCUGAAUCAACCAUGAACCUGUAUCAACCAUGACCCUGAAUCAACCAUGACCCUAGAUCAACCAUGACCCUAGAUCAACCAUGACCCUGGAUCAACCCUGACCCUGGAUCAAUCAAUGACUCCUGAUGAAACAUAAACCCGAUUCAACUUAUACCCUUCAUCAAGUGGCUCUGACCCUGAACUAACAAUGAUCCUAGAGCAAAUACAACCUUGAAUUAGCCACGAUCCACAGAUCAAACACACCGCAAAUCAACUAUGACUAAUAGUCUGAUAAAGAAAAGUAAAAUAUAAAUUCUUGGUUUCACAUUAACAAUCCAACAAAAACUAUAAAAACAAGAAUAUCGUGAUACAUUGCAUUUAAUGCUAACCAUGUGAAUCAUUUUUGAAGAUGGCGCCGCCCUAACGGGCCAUUAAACACGAAUACAUAUUAAGAAAUCAAAUUAAAGUGCAAUGCGUAAAGUAUGACCACGUUCAAUGUAUUCGUAUACUUCUAUGCACAGGCUUUUUGCUGUGAAACAAGCUUUUAAAAGUCUGAGGAGCACGGGUAGCGUAGCAGUGAGAGCGCUCGCCUCUCACCAAUGCAACCUGGGUUUGAUCCUCGGAAUCGUCGUAGGUCGUAGUGAGUAGAGUUUGUUGGUUCUCUCCUGUGCUUCGAGGGUUUUUCUCCAGGUUCUCCGGUUUUCCUCCCUCCGCAAAAAUCAAUAUUUAAAUUCUUAUUCAACCUAGAAGGGCCCAGAUGAAAAUUACUCUGUUUAAUUCUAGUUACCCACUACCAAAUUGUGUUUUUUUUCUUAAUUGGUGAAACCAACGUACAAAAGCGGGUGCAUAAAAUGCGAAUACAUUAAAUGUGACCAUACUUUUGCGCGUUGCGCUGUACCAAUAUUACAGUUAAACCACCUAUAGCGUGAACACGUAGAGGUCAUUAAUGACUUUGUUUUUGGAUUCUUGAUUUCAUUAUUCGAUUCGAAGAUUCAUUAAUGAAAACGAAUCUUCAAUAUCCAAAAAAAAAUUAAAAAAAUAAAUAAAAAAAAUUGAAAAUUCGAUUAACUUGGCUUGUAGGUUCUUGUUUAUAGCGCAAACAGAAGGUAAGUCAUUAAUAUUACAUGUUCCUAGUUGUUUUUGCAUUUCAGUUGCAUAUAUGCUUGGCUUUUGUAAAUGCCAGGCUUUGAAGAUUCGUUUUCAAUAAUGCAUGUUCGAAUCGAAUAAUGAAAUCAAGAAUYCAAAAAUAAAGUCAUUAAUGACCUCUACGUGUUCACGCUUGAGGUGUUUUGACUGUAAUAUAUUGUUAGAUUUUAUGACAAAUAUUAAAAAAAUAAAAAAUAUUUAAGACCAGUCUUUUAUAACCAUUGAUGUUGAGGUUGAUCUGGACUAUGGGAGUGACUGGAAGAAUCGUGUCUUUGCAUCAAAGCAAGACGAAUGGUGAACUUGAAACGAUAUAGACAAAAAAAUGGCCUUUAACAUUGCAAGCUCACAAGCUCACGUCUCGCUUCGAUGUAAUGUCAUGGCUAACUUUCAAGAUGGCGCUGGGAACUGUGAAAGGGACAAUUAAGGGAAGUGAAGGAUAUAGCACCACAUGGCCAGUCCUGGAUGUGAUGCCAUUUCGGGAGGAAUAUUAAAAUGGAACGAAAUUAUAGUCCAGUUAUAAAAAUGCAGGAAACGUUCUCUAACUAAAAUACUUAGUUGGUAUUUUGCUGUGCACAGCGGCGGCAUUAUACUAUUUAGCAAUUAGUCCUCAAGCCCGAAUGGACUAUGAGUCAAUAGCCUAGCUAUAGGAGGCCAAAGGUGGCUGAACAGGCUAUUGACUCAUAGGUCAUGAAGGCGAGAUGACUAAUUGUCUUAGUCAAAUCCAGCUAGUCGGUCGAUACAUAGAUGCAAACAAGUUUUGAACGAAAGUAACAUCAAUGUUUUGGCUUUAAAAACAGGCACUGUUCGCUACUAGUAGGCUAUAACUUAUAGAUAAGUAGUACAGUAGCUCAUCCAAUCAGAAUGCAGUAUUGAUGAUAGACCGCUAGUUGGAUUUGACUAUAAUUAGAUUAUUAAGCUUAACUUUGGCAUUCACUAUACCUACUGUAUAAGUGGUACUCCAUGUAAAUAUAGUAACAUAAGUUUACCCCGGGGGGGGGGGGGGG